AUGGAUCCAGAAUCAGUUGGAUAUUGUAAUAAUCCCGACUUUCUUCAUAAGGGGUCAAUGGAUGAAUUAUACAAUAUAUCAAAAUUAACAGAUGAUAUUAAACCAGUUGAAGAAAAAUGGAAAUUAGUACCAGCAUUUAUGAAAUGUAGAGGUUUAGUAAAACAACAUAUAGAUUCAUUUAAUUUUUUUAUAAAUGUUGAAAUGAAAAAGAUUGUUAAAGCAAAUGAAAGACUUACAGCAGAAAAUGAUCCUUCAUAUUUUGUAAGAUUCACAGAUAUUAAUGUUGGAUCACCAACAUCAACAGAGGAUAAUUUAGAUUCAGUUCAAUUAACACCACAAAGAUGUAGACUUAGAGAUAUGACAUAUUCAGCACCAAUCUUUGUUAAUAUAGAGUAUACACGUAAUAAACAAAUCAUAUCAAAGAGAGAUGUACAUAUUGGUAAUAUACCAAUUAUGUUACGUAGUAGUAAUUGUGUUUUAUCAAAGAAAACACCAGAACAAAUGGCGGCAUUGGGUGAAUGUCCAAUGGAUCCAGGUGGUUAUUUCAUAGUUAGAGGACAAGAGAAGGUUAUUUUAAAUCAUGAACAGUUAUCAAAGAAUCGUAUUAUCAUUGAGAUGGAUUCAAAGGGAUUGCCAUCGGCAUCGGUAACUUCAUCAACACACGAACGUAAAUCAAGAACUGGUGUAACACUAAAGAAUGAGAAACUCUACUUAAAGCAUAACACCUUUGGUGAAGAUAUACCAGUGGCAAUUGUGUUGAAAGGUAUGGGUGUUGAAACCGAUCAAGAGAUGGCACAGUUGGUGGGGUCCGAUGAUGUUUUCCUCAACGCAAUCACUCCAUCAUUGGAGGAGUGUCAAAAAUGUGGUGUGCACACUGCCGCCCAAGCAUUGGAUUAUUUGGGUAGUCGUAUUAAAGUUUUCCGUAGACCUUAUGGUGUGCAAAAUAAAAAGACAAAGUCAGAGGAGGCUCGUGAUAUUUUAGCGGGUGUGGUACUUAAUCAUGUGCCAGUACGUCGUUACAAUUUCAGAUUGAAGGUUAUUUAUCUCUCUCUUAUGAUUCGUCGUAUUAUUAUGGCAUCAAAGGACAAGAGUUGCCUCGACGAUAAAGAUUACUAUGGUAAUAAAAGAAUAGAGUUAUCGGGUCAAUUGAUAUCACUACUCUUUGAAGAUUGUUUUAAAAAGUUUCAAAGUGAAUUAAAGAAAUCAGUGGAUCAAGCAAUUGCCAAAGCUAAUCGUGCAGAGAAUUUAGAUUUACCCAAAUUAAUUCGUACCGAUACAAUCACCAAUGGGUUCACACAUGCGAUCUCUAGUGGUCAAUGGAAUUUAAAACGUUUUAGAAUGGAACGUUCUGGUGUAUCACAAGUUUUAUCACGUCUUUCCUAUAUCUCUUGUAUGGGUAUGAUGACACGUAUUCAAUCACAAUUUGAGAAAACUCGUAAAGUGGCUGGUCCACGUUCACUUCAACCAUCACAAUGGGGUAUGUUAUGUCCAUCCGAUACACCUGAAGGUGAGGCUUGUCUACAUCCUGACACAAUAAUCACAAUGUCCAAUGGUCAACAAAAACCAAUACGUCAAUUAAAAGAUGGUGAUUCAAUCAUCACUCUAGAUCCAAUCACUAUGGAAGCACAUUCAACUCGUAUCUAUUCACAUUUCAUUAAAUCCUCUUCACAAUAUGGUAAACAAUUAUUAAAAAUAACUACAAUCACUGGUAAAGAAAUCAUUUGUACAAAUGAUCAUAGAUUCUUAACUUCAAAUGGUAAUUGGAAACAAUCAAAAGAUUUAUUAUUAAAUGAUAAAUUAUUUUUAAUUUCUUCAUCAAAUCAAUUAGAAUUUAAUAAUAAUAAUAAUGAAAAUAAUAAUGAGAAUAAUAAUGAUAUAAUUGAAAUUUUAAAUGAAAAUCAAUUAAUUAAUCAAGGAGUAGUACCAAUUAAGAUUAUUCAAGAAUUAAAAUCAAUUGAAUUAUUACCUUUAUUAAAUAAUAAUGAAAAGUUAAUUACAAUUUCAAGAAUUAUAGGUUCAAUUGAUAAAAUUGGUUCAAAUAAACAAAAUGAACCAAUCAUUCAAUAUCAAUUUAAUUUAAUUUCAGAUUUUGAUCAAUUUUUAAAAGAUUUACAAUAUUUAGGUUUUAUAAAUCCAAUUUAUAAAUUAAAUGAAGAACAACAACAACAACAACAACAAAAAAUAGAUCAUCAACAACAACAACAACAACAAGUAGAACAACAACAAAAAUCAAUUAUUAUAGAUUUUAUUGGUAGUUCAUUUGGAUAUUUUAUUCAAUCACUUUUAAAUGAAAAAAAUUGGAUUGAAAAAUCAAAUAAUCAAUUUGUUAAAAAAGAAUUUUUAUCAAGUUUUAUUAGUAAUGUAAAUAGAAUUCAAUUUAAUAUUAUUGAAGAAAUUAAUCAACAAAAUAAUGAUUCAAAUUUUAAAAUUUUAUUAAAUUAUAAACAACAAAAACAACAACAAAAUGAAAAAGAAGAAAGAGCAGUAGUAGAUCAUGAUAAUGAAAUAUUUAAUAUUAAAUCAUUACAAAUUUUAUUAAAUCAAUUUAAUGUUAUAUCAAGUAUUGAUUUUGAAGAAUCAAAUUUAAUUAUAAUUAAUUCAAGUUUAAAAAAGUUUAUUGAUUUAAUUAAUAUUAAAUUUAAUCAAAAAUUAAAUAAUCAAAUUAUACAAAUUAGAGAAUAUUUAAAUUAUAUAAAUUAUAAUAAUAAUAAUAAUAAUAAUGAAGAAAUUAAUAUAAAAAAGAAAGAUUUUGGUUAUUUUAAAAAAUUAAAAAUUAAAAGAAAUAGUUUUGAAAUUGAAAUUGAAAAGAUUGAACAAUUAAAUUAUCAAGAUUGUCCAGAGAUUUCAGAUUUUACAACAGAAUCAGAUUAUCAUAGUAUGAUUAGUAAUGGUUUCGUUAGUCAUAACUGUGGUUUGGUAAAGAAUUUUGCAUUGAUGAGUCAUGUAACCACUGAUGAUUCAGAAGGUCCUUUACUUAGAUUAGCAUACAAUUUAGGUGUACAAGAUAUUCUAUUGGUAACUGGUGAAGAGUUAAAUUCAAGAAAUGCAUAUUUAGUAUUAUUAAAUGGUCAGAUCAUUGGUAUUCAUAAUUCACCCGAUUAUUUUGUAACUACUCUAAGAAAGAUGAGAAGAGCUGGUAGAAUUAGAGAAUUUGUUUCAAUUUGUAAGAAUAAGGCUCAACAAACUAUUUCAGUUGCAUGUGAUGGUGGAAGAUUGUGUAGACCUGUUAUUAUUGUAGAUGAUCAACGUCCAAGAUUAACUCAAGAACAUAUUGAAGAUUUAAAAGAUGGUCUUAGAACAUUUGAUGAUUUCAUUAGAGAAGGUAUCAUUGAAUAUUUGGAUGUGAAUGAAGAGAAUGAUAGUUUCUUGGCAUGGAGAGAGGCAGCUAUUCAACCAUGGACAACCCAUCUCGAGAUUGAACCAUUCACAAUGUUGGGUUGUGUAGCUGGUUUAAUUCCAUAUCCACAUCAUAAUCAAUCACCACGUAAUACCUAUCAAUGUGCUAUGGGUAAGCAAGCAAUUGGUGCAAUCGCUUACAAUCAAUUGACUCGUAUCGAUACAUUACUCUAUCUAUUGGUACAUACUCAACGUCCAUUAUGUCAAACACGUACAAUCGAUCUAUUGAAUUGGUAUAAAUUACCAGCUGGUCAUAAUGCCACCGUGGCGGUAAUGUCCUACUCUGGCUAUGAUAUUGAAGAUGCUUUGGUCAUGAAUAAAGCCUCAUUGGAUCGUGGUUUCGGUCGUUGUAUCGUAUUGAAAAAACAAGUUACCUCAAUCAAAAAACAUGGUAAUGAUACAUCGGAUCGUAUUUUCCCACCAACUCCAAACGAUUUGAGACAACCAAAAUAUGGUCUCUUGGAUAGUGAUGGUAUCGCAAAACCAGGUGAACUCGCUCAAAAAGGUCAAAUUUUAGUAAACAAAUAUUCACCAUUGAAUACCAUCGAUGCAACACCAAAUCCAGAACUCAUACCAGACUCUGCCUAUAAAUCAAGUUAUAUGGGUUAUAAAUAUGAUAAUCCUGCAUUCAUCGAUAAGGUCCUUUUGACAAGUGGUGAUGAUGAACAAUUACUCAUUAAAAUGUUAAUGAGAAGUACUCGUCGUCCAGAGUUGGGUGAUAAAUUCUCUUCACGUCAUGGUCAAAAAGGUGUUUGUGGUAUCAUUGUCAAACAAGAAGAUAUGCCAUUCUCUGAUCUAGGUAUUUGUCCAGACAUUAUUAUGAAUCCUCAUGGUUUCCCAUCUCGUAUGACUAUUGGUAAAAUGAUUGAAUUGUUGGCUGGUAAAGCGGGUGUCUUGAGUGGUAAAUUUGGUUUUGGUACUUGUUUUGGUGGUGAUCGUGUUGAAAAUAUCUCCAAAGUACUCAUUAGCAAAGGUUUCAGUUAUGGUGGUAAAGAUUAUGUUACCAGUGGUGUAACUGGUGAACCAUUGGCAUGUUUCAUCUUUUUCGGACCAAUCUUUUAUCAAAAACUCAAGCAUAUGGUCAUGGAUAAAAUGCAUGCUCGUGCUCGUGGUCCAACAGUAACUCUAACAAGACAACCUACCGAAGGUAGAGCAAGAGGUGGUGGUCUUCGUUUAGGUGAGAUGGAAAGAGAUUGUCUCAUUGGUUAUGGUGCUUCAGCUCUCAUCAUGGAAAGAUUAAUGAUCUCCUCUGAUAGAUUCACAGUUUAUGCUUGUAAAAAUUGUGGUUUCCUUGGUUAUGAAGGUUAUUGUCAAUAUUGUAAGAGUAGUGUCGAUAUCUCAACAAUUCAAAUACCAUAUGCUUGUAAAUUAUUAUUCCAAGAAUUACAAGCAAUGAAUAUUGUACCACGUCUUAAACUAGUUGAUUCUUAA